AUCUCAAUAAUAUAAUAAUAAUAGUAAUAAUGUCUACAAUAGCGGUGGAUCCGGCGUUUAGAGUAAUACCACAAAACUCAACAUUUUUCAGCGUUUGGAGAAUUGAAAAAUUACAAGUGGUUUCGGUUCCCAAAGAAAAUUAUGGACAGUUUUAUGACGGAGACUCAUAUAUUGUUAUUUGUGCAUCGGACGGUAAAGAUAGAGCCGACUCUCAAUUGAUUCCUCGAGAGGUCAAGAAUGGUGUCGGUCUUGACAUUCACAUACACUUCUGGUUGGGCUCUAAGACAUCCCAAGACGAAGCCGGUGUUGCCGCUUACAAGUCGGUCGAAUUGGACGACUAUCUCGGCGGUAGUCCCGUCCAGCACCGGGAGACUCAAGGUCACGAAUCACAGCGAUUCUUAUCAUAUUACAGGAACGGUAUGAGAGUUCUUAAGGGAGGCGUCGAAAGCGGCUUUAAUAAGAUAGACAUAUCAUUGAAGCCACAUCUUUAUCAAGUGAAAGGCAAGAGAGCGCCGGUUGUUAGAGAGUUAUCCGAAAUCAAUUGGGAUCAGCUGAACGAUGGCGACGUCUUCAUACUGGACGCCUGUCGGUAUAUUUAUGUCUGGACGGGUCAGUACGCCAACAAUAUGGAAAAAAUUCAGGCCAUUCGUGUGGCCCAACAGAUCAAAGGCGAAAAUGCACCGGAAUGUGAGGCAGUCAUCAUUGUUGAAGAUACUAACGAAUCCGAGUUAAGCGGUUCCGAGAGAGAGUACUUUGAAAAGUAUUUGCCAUUCGCUGACAGACAUGUGCUGAGCCAUACGGAUGUACCGAAAGAUACGACCAUCGAAAUGAAUCAACGACAACAAAUAGUUCUCUAUCACUGUACCGAUGAGGACAACAAUCUUAAAGUGUCAAAAGUGAAAACCGGACCGUUAGACCAGUCAGAUCUCAAUCCAAAUGAUUCAUUUAUUAUUGAUAACAAUGUGGCCGGCCUUUGGGUUUGGGUAGGAAAGGGUGCGUCGGCUAAGGAGAAAACCGAAGCCAUGCGUAACGCUCAGGGAUUUAUAAUGAAAAAGAGUUAUCCCCAACAUACCCGAGUCACCCGAGUGAUCGACGGCGGCGAACCCAUUGAGUUCAAGAAUCUGUUCCGAUCGUGGAAAGACUUGGACGAGUCUAUCGGUUUGGGCAAAGCCUACAGCUUUGGCAAAGUGGCCAAAAUUACACAGAAAAAGUUUGAUCCGACAGUUUUGCACGAAAAUCAUGUGUUGGCCGCCGAAACCCAGAUGGUCGACGACGGCAGCGGCCAUAAAGAGGUUUAUCGGGUGAAAAAUUUCGAUGUUGUCGAUGUGGCCACUGAUGAUCACGGAAAGUUCUAUGCGGGCGACUGUUAUCUUGUUAUCUAUACGUACGGAGCAAAUCAGACUAUCAUCUACUACUGGUUGGGAUCAAAGUCGACAGUCGAUGAAAGAGGAACGGCUGCCAUGAAAGCUGUCGACUUUGACAAUAAUAAGUUUAAUGGAUCAGCCGUUCAGGUUAGGGUUGUCGAGGGCAAAGAGCCGCCACAUUUCAUGGCUAUAUUCAGCGGAAAAAUGAUUCUCUAUAAGGGAGGCUUUGAUAGUGGUUUUCAUAAUCGACAAUCGGGUUCAUCGGAUGAGACCAAGUCAUCGACUUUGCUUCAAGUCAGAGGUACCACUUCCUAUAAUACUAAAGCCAUUGAAGUUGAUCCGCUGGCAUCUUCGCUCAACUCUAACGACGUGUUUGUUUUGAUAACACCCGAGACUACCUAUGUUUGGGCCGGAAAGGGCAGUUUGGGCGAUGAACGCGAAAUGGCUAAACAAGUGGCCGAUGAUCAGGGAAAUGGUAUGAGUCUGGUGUCGGAGGGACAGGAAAAAGACGACUUCUGGGAAGCGCUGGGCGGUAGAGCCGAAUAUUCUAACGACAAGCGAUUGCAAGUGGCCAACGAUCCGCACACACCCCGACUGUUUCAGUGUAGUAACGCUAACGGACAGUUCACUAUCGAAGAGGUGCCACAUUUUGAUCAGUCAGAUCUCAUUGAGGAUGAUGUCAUGCUUUUGGACGCGUGGGAUGCACUGUUCCUAUGGAUUGGUAACCACUCGAACCGGGAUGAAAGAAAACAGUCGCUCGAAGCCGUCCAACAAUACCUGAUUACCGAUCCGAGCGACCGGGACAGGGAUACGCCUGUUAUUGUAUUGAAACAGGGCUGCGAACCGGCCAACUUUACCGGCUUUUUCGGUGUCUGGGAUCAUAGCAUCUGGAAAAGAAGUAAAAGUUUUAGCGAAAUUAAAGAUGAKUUAAAAUCGUCAAACAAAUUGUCGGGAAGUGUUAGUAAACCAAUUGAUGUAAAUGGUGUUAACAAUAAUAAUAAUAAUAACAUUAACAACAAUAUCAAUAUCAACAACAAUAAUAUCAAUUGCUAUUCAACGGACUUUGAUUCAGUCAACAAAUAUCCGAUCGAAAAGCUAUCGCUUAAAGAGACCAUACUUUUGCCCGAAGAUGUUGAUCCCACUAAAAAAGAGAUUUAUUUGACCGCCGACGACUUUAAACAAGUGUUCGGUAUAACACAUAAAGAGUUUCAGUCAAUUCCCAAAUGGAAACAAUUGGAUCUCAAGAAAAAAGUUGGACUCUUUUGAAAAUAACAAACAAAAAACAAAUUUUAUCCCAUUUUAUCAUAUCAUUUGAUAUCUCAUAUAUGAUAUGAUUGAUAAAUUAAAACACUAUCUAAUUGUUAUCAUUUAUUUGUGAUUAUUAUAUAUAGUAGUUUAGUUUAGUAUAUAUUUAAAGAUAAUUAUAAAUUAAUAA